AUGAAGCAGGGAUUUAGUUCAAAAGGUUUGGUAGGAACCACUUUUAACAAUAGAUAUCUAGCACGAAAACAUCUCGGAGGCGGAAGUUUCGGUGAUGUUUAUGAAGCUGAAGAUAUCGAAACACAGACAAUCGUUGCUCUGAAGUUCGAAACCGGAAAUGCAACAAAUCCACAAUUACCCAACGAAUAUAAAUGCUAUCAAGCUUUACAAGGCAGCCCAAACAUUCCAAGAGUAUAUGGAUUAUUUGAUUACAAGAAAUCUCAAUUCCUCGUUAUGGAGAGGAUGGGACAAUCAUUAGAAUCUGUUUUCAAGCGAAAUGGUAAAAAAUUUUCAUUGAAAACCGUUAUUAUGAUCGGUGAUCAGCUUUUUCGAUGCAUCGAAUAUAUCCAUCGAUCAGGAAUUCUACACAGAGAUAUCAAACCUCACAAUUUUUUAAUUGGUCUCGGUAAAAACAAAAAUCAAAUUUAUGCCAUUGAUUUUGGAGUCUCUACACGAUAUAUUGAUCCAAAAACAAAAGAACAUGCUAUAUAUUCGCCAAACAAUGGAUUAAUUGGCACUGUUCAUUACGUUUCAGUGAAUACUCACCUUGGUGAAACUCAAUCUCGUAGAGAUGAUUUAGAAAGCAUUGCAUAUGUACUUAUUCGCUUCUUAAGAGGAAGUUUACCAUGGCAAAAUAUGAAAAUUAAGGAUCCAAAUGAAAGAAGUGAAAAAAUUUCACAAAUGAAGAUGCAAACUACAGCAGAACAACUCUGCUGGGGCAUUCCUAUAGAGUUUAAACAGAUAUACGAGUAUAUUAGAAGGCUACGUUAUGAUGAAACUCCGAGAUAUUCAUUUAUCCGAGCAACUCUUCAAAAUUUAUUCAAUAAACAAGGCUUUAUUAAUGAUGGAGUGUAUGACUGGGAUAAUGAAGCAGCAAUUCACCGUCCUUUGCCUUCUAAUUUCUUAUUGCGCUCAGCGAGCGCAUUUAUCAAAACAAACGAGCGAAAAAUUAAAGCCAGAGAAGAAAAAGUCAGGUAUCCUCGUGGUAGGAAGAUUUUUUAUAAUGAAAAUUAA